GGGGACGCCUCCGGCGGGCAGGCUCUCUGUCGGGAGGCGGGCGCUGCUGGAGGGCGGCUCGUCCUCCGGCUGCCCGCAGUGAGGGGGCCGCGGAGGGCGGGUGGGUUUGUGCCGUGUCUUGCAGCGGCAGCCGGCGGCUCGGCCGCUGUCGUUGCCGUGUUUUUUACUCCCCUCAAGGGUAGAGGCUGGGGCUGUGCCCCUGCGUGUCGCUUACCGAGGGCGUGAAUGUCCUGGGGUAAGAAGAGCCUCUUUAUCUCCUCCCUGUGGAGCCCACCGCUCCCCACACUGCUUCCCUGCAGUGACCUUUACGCCAUCCCUGUGAGAGGACGGGAUGUCUCUGAAGGGGCCUCUGCAAGUUAUUCUGCUGACAUGCAAUGCUCCGGUUGCUGCUGGUGGCACACGGCUGGGAAGGCACUGGCGAGGAGGCUCUCACUAGGGUGAUGGGCUGGCCCUGUGCGAGCCAGGUGCUGCUCCUUCGCAGGGAGGUGAUGGACAGGCUGCCCUGCCCCAGUCCUCGCUCCAGCAUGAUGCAUGUUCAGGGCAUGGUCCAUUUCUGUUGAAAACUGGGCUGGUGCAUGAGGAGGAGUAUGCCAUGGGAUGCAGCUUUUCCCAGAUGGAGUAGAGCUUAAUUGCUUGUCCAUGAGUUGGCUGUGGUUUAAUGCCCCAGGCCAACAUCAAGAAACUGGGGCAGGAAGGCUUUGGGCAGCUUUUGGAGUCCUACAUCUUCCUGGUGGUCACUGUCGUAUCCUCUCCUCUCAAAGAUCUGUAUGUCUCUGCAUGUGUCUUUUGCUGCUUUGGGGUACUCAGCCCCAUGGGGCAGACCUUCCCAGAAUUUGCCAGAAAUUGCUUUGUCUUGUGUUAUUUGUCUGAACAAAGUCAGCUCUGGCUUUAACUGUGUCCAUCUACCUUCCCCCCAGUCUCCUUGCAGGUACUCCAGAAAAUAGGAGUUGCUUUGUCCCGGCUCUUGCGUGCCACCAGUGCGUCAUGUAAAAAGCAUCCCACCCACAUACAUGGGACCCUUCAGAGCCCGUUGUUUAAUCUAGGUGCUGUCCUAGUUGCCUGCAUGGCAUCCAACCAAUAGGUUACCAAACUUUGCUUUGCAAGCUCCUCUCUGUGUCUAGACGUCCUUUUGGGGUCCUUGCAUCCAACCAUGGCAUUGGGACUCUUCCCUGCCAAAGUAAGGGGGGAACGUUUGUGGACCAGCUUUUACUCCAGCUGGUUUUCUCCUGUAGCCCACAGGGAUAGUAGUUGACAGCUUCUUCACGGAGCGCAGUUCUGUCUGGUACAGGUCAGAAUCCCUGACUCUGCCAGUUUGUGGUGAGAAGGAUCCCUGGCACACGUGUCUGGAGGCUGGCAGGAUUCAUGCCAUUUUCUGGAAAUUCGUACUGCAGCUGCUUUCCAGCACUUCUCCAGACAUUGACUUCUGCCCCACGUGCAAUGGUCAUAAAUAACAACAUAGCGUUACCCCUCUUACACUGUGAGAUGAGCACCAUCAGGGACUAAUUAGAGACUGCAUACAUGAGAUCAAAUUGGAUAUAUUUGACAUCUCAAAACUUGUAAUCUUAAUGUUGCUUGAAAGUGGAAAACUGAAUGUACAUCCUGUGGGGCCUUUCCCCCAAGGUCUUCAUAUAAGUGAUUAAAAACACCAUGAGGAGGGAAGAGCGUGGGGAUGAAGAUGGCAAACUCCAAUUUACUUUAACCAGCUGUGCUCAUGUAUGGGUGUUUCUGCUGAAUGUCAAGAGUGUAAUCCAGUGGUGAAACUGUGAUAUGAUAAAGAACAGAAAAUGGCACAGGUACAGAGGCAGAUGUGAAUGGAGGAGGAAAUUAGAUACAGAGAGUGAGAGGAAGUGGAAAGCCAUUCAUAUUUUGACAUGGAAGUUAAACUGAAUGAAGUUGAGAGGACUUUUCCUUCCAGGUAGCUUGUCCUAUCAGGAGUCAUGGUUUAAUUUGAAACUAGGGAAGAAAAAAAAAUAAUUAAAAAUUAAAAAAAAAAAAAUUAAAAAUCACACAAUGGCAGUGGCAACUUCCCAGUAGCAGUUAAAAAACUGGAAGUAUGGGUGAAAACACUUAAAUGGAAAACUCUUGAAAAGGAUGGCUUGUGACUUCUAAUUGGGUUUCCAUUGUGGACUACAACUGACAGGGUAUCGUAGUUCUUGAAAUAACAAUACAGACUAGACCUGAUCCUUCUGCAUGAAAUGAUUGGGUGCUUUUGCAAGUGAAAGAGCAGGAACAGGGCCUACUCUGGGAAACAUAAAACAGAGGGACAGCAGUGUUUUAAUUCUUCCAAUGCUUCUCUCUUUUAAUCCUCAGUUCCUGUAUUCAUAUGACUGCAUGGGGCUAUCAAAUUUCAUAUGAGUAAGGGGGAGUAAAAUUAUAGCCCUGGUGUUUGCAGUGGAAAUCUUGGACAAUAUGGACUCUGAAGGUUCAAACAGAAAGCAAGAAGUCCCAGUUUCAUCAUUAAAACUUGUAUUUUAAAAUCUUUGGAGUUGUCCAUAAUGUGAAAGUUGCAAAAGAAGCGUUACACAGAAAAAUUACAAGAAACUGUGAUGUUACUUCCUGUUCUAUAUACAUGGCAUGAGCCAGACUUAUAAAAGGGUAAAGCACUAUAUCAAGUUAAGCUUAUAACCAGACUUCCUUUACAAGCUAUGUUUCCAGCUCCCUCUUCCCUCACGCUUAACUGCCUCCACACUACCGGAUUUUGUUCUAGCAGUUUCUGACCUGGUAUUUCCAUGUCUGCUCUCAGACUUGGGUUCAAUAUGAAGGGAAAAUUCCUUUAUGUCAAGAUGCCUGUGGAGAUAUCAGAUGGAAAUAUUUCACUCACAUAGCCAAUAUAAGGCUUGCUUCUUUCUUAAAAUAGUUUUUCUUGAAAUACAAGAAAUAAAGCUUAAUCUUGCACUGGGUUUUCUAUUAAAAUUUGGUGGUAGCGUAAAUGAAAAUUAGUCCUCCCUUGGAUUUUGCAGCAUAAAAUCUGUGGCUUUCAUCUUCAAAGCCACAACAGACUGUUCUGAAUGUUCUUUCUUUUGUGGCCUGAAGGAAUUAAGAAAAUAUGCACAUGCUUCAUUUCUAAUGUGUGUUUUAACUUAAUCUCAUAACAAGAAGAAUGGUGGAAAAGAAGCAGGCGCUGUGUUGGAGUAAUGAGAACAAAUCUCUAGAUUUUUCUUUUUAAGGGCUAAGUGUUUGAAUUUUUUUUCCCUUGCAUUAUUUCCUUUUGUCCUAAUUUACUUGUACUUAUUUCCAUGUUUUCUUCCCUAGAAGGAACUGCGAAGAAAGGAUUCAGAGUUCUCUCUAAUUAUAGUGUAUUGCUGUUACAAUGGUUAAUGUGCCUCAGCAGAAAAAUAUCUCAAGACAGUUGUGUCUGAAACGGGGCUUUUCUGGUUGGUUGGGGUUUUUUUCUAUUUCAGAGGCCCUUUUCUCAGUUUUGUGCAUUUAUUGGUAGGUCAGUAAAUCUGAGUCACCUCAGAUCAAUUAUGAAAAUGGGAAACAUUUCUAAACAUGAAGGAGCGUAUGCAGUUACGAGAAACAAUUUUAUUAACUUAGGAAAGACCAGCGAAAUCAAGGAAGGAGUGAUCAACCUAAUCCAUUUUCUCUGCUCAGAAGCAGAGCCCCAAAACUGACUCCCGCUCAUGCAGGAUUAAAAGUGUGCCUGGCUAAAGGUCUUCAGUUUGAAAUCUAUCAGAAUUUCUUUAACUUCUUUUUCGUGACAUACUGUCCUAUCUUUAGUGCUCUCUAUAACCAUUUUUUCUUUUUUUCCAGAGUGAAGCUGUGACUCUUCUGCCAAGGGACCCUCAGUUAGCAGUUUUUCAAAGCAGUCUUAGUUGAGGGAUAGACUGAAUUCAGAACAGUGAAGAAACACUUAGCAGACAUAGUUUACAAAUUAACUGACCACAGUAAUGGGAUGCAUUAAGGAGGGUCCCCCUCAGUUUUGCUAUUCAAGAUAGCGAGCUGGGAGACUUUGUUGCUUCCUGCAGUGGCUUUCUUGCUGUGUGGUGCAGCCUGUUUCCUUGCCCAUCAAGUCUCACGCUUAUUGGGCCUUCUACCUGCAUGCUGCUCUCUGCCUUCUUCUGUGCUGCUGGGGGUCUGGUUUGAUGUUCAGCAGUAAAGCAUUUAAUAACUUCAUCAUUCGUGUAUCUGCUCAGCUGAUUCUUUAAUCGGGUCCUAGUCUUACAAGUGGCUAAGUGAUGUGACUUGAUAGAUUGCCUUGCAUCGCAGACAGAUAACUAUGUAUUUGAGUGACUAGUGGGUUUUAUGGUUGUGUUUUGUUUUCAUCCCAGUGGGGCACUGCAGUUACUGGGGAGUGACGUGAAGCUUGUUGUGGCUGACACAUGUUCAACAGUUUGCUUCCAGAAAUCACAUAAUACUUUGUUUUUCUUGUGGAAUAAGUUUUUAAGGCAUAUGUAAGGAGGUGUCAAUCUAACUUGACUUUUAGCUCCCAGUCAUCUGAAUUAGUAGCAGGGCAGUGGAAACUGGUAGAGGAAAGGCUGAAGGUUAACUAACAAACAGUAGUAACAAGCCCAUUCCCUGCUUCCAUCUGUGACAAACUCCUCUAGUCCCUAUAUAUCCUUCCUGAUAAAUCCAAGCUGUAGAAGAAGUUGUCUGUCAUGGGAGACUGCUGGUGAGGGGAAGAGAGCAGUGUUAAAACACUGCAAUAUGAGCAUGCUGAAGUACUUCCUACACUUGGUGGGGGACAGCUUUCUCAUGAUCAGUCUAGACUUACUAUUUUCCAUAGUCUGAAAUUCCCCUGGGUUUCAGGUUGGCUUUUGAUGGAUAGUAGCCACUUGGACUGAAAUCUCUGUGGUUGCUAGUCACCGUGGUAUGGAGUACAGGUGUCAAUCUGAGCCCUGUAGGCCAGAGUGUCAGAGCAGCACAAACUUCCUUGUGGGUAAUGGUAGAAUUUUUUUUUUUUUUCCUAGAGCUCACUGAGUGGUACUCCCCACCCCAGUUUGUCCACAUCCAGCAGAUUUGUCAUCCAUACUACCAUAUGGACUGUUAUUGGCCUCAGCACUACCUUCUGUUUUACUUCUGAAUCUAGACUCCUGUGGGCUCAGAAGCCUUCUGGGAGACAUGUUUUAUAUUUCUUUUUAAAGCUUUCUUGGAGCACAGACAAAGGAUUCAGGAGUAGGGGAGGCUGAAAGGAAGUGUGGGAGCAGUCUGCUUACCAACUCUAACUAUGGAAUCAGUGAGAUUUGAAGUACACAGUCUUUAGUAUGGCUUUUUUCUUUUUUUUUUUUUUUUUUUUUUUCUUUUCAGAACGGAACGAAAAAUCUUCUGUGUACUUGCUCUUGCAGCAGUAUAGGACAGGAAGCUGAUUUAAGGAGAGAAACAGAAAAGUCUUUAUUGCUUGUGGAAGGAGAAGCAAGAUUUAUAUACUUCGAAAAGAUCUACUGUAGUUUUCUGCCACUUAAUGCUAACAGGAAAAAAAAAAAAAAACAACCAAAAAAACAACUCAUCUGCUUGAGGAGAUUCUGUUGUAAUGUAUCCAGUGGCUGUUCCUGCACCAGGAGGUGAAGGAAAUAAUGGACAACAUGGGAAACUUAUUUUUUUCCUUUUUGUUUUUGGAGCUGUGUUGCUCUGCGCUGGAUUCCUGCUUUCAGUCUUUAUUCUCCAGUCGUGCCCAUCUGGAACCUUCAGUGACUGUAAUGAGGUCCUCAAGGCUGCGGGGCCCAUACUUGCUGUAACUGGACUGGUUUGUGUUUUACUGGCACGAUCAAGGGCUAGGCUGUAUAUAAGACAAAGACAAUUGCAAAAUGAGCAGGUGUACAGCCUUAUUUUUUGUCGCGGUAGCUGUCAGUUUGCCCAGUUUCUUAUAUUUGGAUUCCUGUUUUUAACUAGUGGAAUGCUAAUUAGCAUCCUGGGCAUUUGGGUUCCUGGCUGCAGCCCCAGCUGGCACAGCAUACAGCUCAACCACACCGGCAGUUCUGAUGUGGACCUCCAGGGCUGUGGAUUCCUGUCACUUCAAAUCAUGGGACCUUUGAUUGUGCUCACUGGGUUGUGUUUCUUCGUGAUAGCUCAUGUUAAAAAGAAACAAAACUUAAAUCUCAACCAAGAAUCUUGCGAAAGUGAAGAACAUCCUGAGACCCCUGACUCUUUUCAGGUUACAGUAGGUGAUGCUGUAAUGGUAUUCCCACCUCCACCACCUCCUUAUUUUGCAGACGCUGUGUCACCAACUGUGACACAUUGUCUUAUGUCAAGUGUUUUGCCUACAAGUGAAAACCCUCCACCAUACCACUCUAUCUUCAGUGAUGGAGCACAGCUUGCAGAUGAUGGAAGAACAGUUGCUGUUAGAGACUAUGAAACCAUAUAUACAAUUUCUGGAAGCAGCUCACCGUCAGAUAUUUUACCGAUGCUAUACCUCUCCUCUGAAUCGCCUCCACAAUAUGAAGAAAAAGCAUCAAUAACAAACAAUGAAUAUUCUCCAUCUUCUUCAUCUUCUUCAUCUAUUUCCUUAGCCACAUCUGAUACCAGCUCAUAGAGGACUGUCAGUUAGACUUCAUUUUUAAAUUAAGUUGUACACCUAGAUUUACAAUUUUUGAAUUUAUUUACAUUUUGUAAUAAAAGCAAUAACGUUG